AUGGCUCCCACUGUUCCACUCAUGAUUGUAAUCUACGAUAACCCAGGUAUUAAACACUGGAGCCUAUUCAUUGAUGCUGAGGAGAAGCCGGCAAAAACCAUCAUUCAUCUUCUCGGUGCUCGUCAAAGAUAUUUUCGUGACGUGAGGACCCCAACCCCAUCCGAUGCGCGUAACUCGGGUUCUGUUGUUGAACUUUGUCCUUUGUGUGAGAUCGACGCGGACAAGACUGAAGCUGUCAAGAAUAUUGCUUGGGGAACCCCUGUACGCAACGAAGAGCUGGACUAUAGUUGCCAGGACUUCGUCCUCGAUGUUUUGGAAGGGUUGGAGCGGGCAGACAUUAUCAGUGCGGGAAAUCCCGACUACCAGCGCAACAAGGGCAUUGCAAAGGCGAAACGUGAAGCAUGGCAAUGA